AUGGAGUGUCUAGCUCACAGGGCCUCAGUGCCUGUCGCGCUCGCGACCCCCAAGUCCGAGCACAGGCUUCCUACUCCUUCCGCGUCGCUUAAGUUCGCCGCUAGCCCCGCUCUCGGUAACCAGCUAGUGGCGAAAAGUCGGCAGACUGCACGUGCGAGCCAGUCGCAGCUUAGGCGAAGCACCCCUCGCUGCGAGGCUGCACCAGAAGGCGCUGCUCUCACAGCUCCUGAGAAAAAACCUUCAAGCGACGAUACCAUUCAGCAGUUUCUGCAGCGUGAUUACAAGUACGGGUUCGUGUCUAACAUCGAGAAUGUUCAGAUUCCCCGGGGAUUGUCGGAGGAGACGGUGAGGAUCAUCUCGGCGAAGAAGAGAGAGCCGGAGUGGAUGCUGGAGUUCCGCUUGAGUGCGUUUCGACAAUGGCAGAAGAUGACUGAACCCGAGUGGUCGGACAACACCUACCCGAAGAUUGACUUCCAGGACGUGAUUUACUACUCGGAGCCGAAGCAGAAGGAGACCAAGGCGUCGCUCGACGAGGUCGACCCGGAGCUUCUCGCGACCUUCGACAAGCUCGGCAUCUCCAUCUCCGAGCAGAAGCGCCUCGCGAACGUCGCCGUCGACGUCGUCUUCGACUCCGUCUCCAUCGCGACGACCUUUCGCGAAGAGCUCGCGAAGGCCGGCGUCAUCUUCUGCUCCAUCUCCGAGGCCGUCCGGGAAUACCCAGACCUCGUCCGGAAGUAUCUGGGGAAGGUCGUACCUGUCGCUGAUAACUACUACGCCGCUCUAAACUCCGCCGUUUUCAGCGACGGCAGCUUCUGCUACAUCCCUAAAGACACCAUCAGCCCUAUGGAGCUCAGCACGUACUUCAGAAUCAACGCCAUGGAAACGGGUCAAUUCGAGCGGACUCUAAUUGUCGCGGAUGACCGGAGCUAUGUGAGUUACCUGGAGGGGUGCACGGCGCCUUCGUAUGAUAAGAACCAGCUGCACGCCGCGGUGGUGGAGCUGUGGACGGGCGAGGGCGCGGAGAUUAAGUACUCGACGGUGCAGAACUGGUACGCCGGCGACAAGGACGGCGUCGGCGGGAUUUACAACUUCGUGACCAAGCGCGGGCUGUGCGAGGGCAAGAACUCCAAGAUCUCCUGGACGCAGGUGGAAACUGGGUCCGCCAUCACGUGGAAAUACCCGUCUGUGGUGCUCAAGGGCGACAACAGCUCGGGCGAGUUCUACUCCGUCGCGCUCACCAACAACAAGCAGCAGGCCGAUACCGGCACCAAGAUGAUCCACGUGGGGAAGAACACGCGCAGUCGCAUUGUAUCCAAGGGCAUCUCAGCAGGGCAGUCGCUCAACUGCUACCGGGGGCUCGUGCAGGUGCAGCCCUCGGCACAUGGAGCUCGCAACUAUUCUCAGUGCGACUCCAUGCUCAUUGGGGAUAACGCCGGCGCCAACACGUACCCGUACAUCCAGGUGAAGGAUCCGACGGCUCGAGUGGAGCAUGAAGCGUCCACGUCCAAGAUCGGGGAGGAUCAGCUCUUCUACUUCCAGCAAAGAGGAAUCGACGCCGAGAAGGCAGUGGGCAUGCUCAUCAGCGGCUUCUGCCGUGAGGUGUUCAACGAGCUGCCUCUGGAGUUUGCCUCGGAGGUCAACCAGCUCAUGAGCCUCAAGCUCGAGGGCUCAAUCUCUGCUGCUCCGUUCUCCUCCUCAUCGCGAAGCCAAUCGAACACCUCCGGCCGUCAACUUAGCCGUCCGAACGACCGUCAAAACAGCGGGCAGAACGACCGCCAGAACAGCCGUCAGUUUGGCCGGCGAGUCAGUGACGGCGCCAACAAGGAGAGCAGACGAGGAGAGAAGAUCGGGAAUGAGCAGAGAGCUGAGACGCCUGGUCGAAAGGAGGAAUUCAGAGGAAAGAGGAGUCGCGACGUGGAGGAUGUUUUGAGUCGACUCAAAACAGAGAAGAUUGGGAAUGAGCAGAGAGCUGAGACGCCUGGUCGAAAGGAGGCAUUCAGUGGAAAGAGGACUCGCGACGUGGGGGAUCAGAGCGUUGGGAGGAAGAGGACCCGUGACGUGGGGGAGAAGGUCGGGAAUGAGCAGAGAGCCGAGGCGCCUGGUGGCAAAGAGGCAUUCAGGGGAAAGAGGACUCGCGACAUGGAUGAUCAAAGAGUUGAGAAAAAGAGGACCCAUGACUUUGAGGAGAAAAUUGGCAAUGAGCAGAGAACUGAGGCGCCUGGUAGAAAGGAGGCAUUCAGGGGAAAGAGCACUCGCGACGUGGGGGAUCAGAGCGUUGGGAGGAAGAGGACCCAUGACGUGGAGGUGAAGAUGUGGAAUGAGCAGAGAGCCGAGGCGCCUGGUAGAAAGGAGAUAUUCAGGAGAAAGAGGAGUCGAGACGUGGAGGAUCAGGGUGUUGGGAGGAAAAGAAUUCGUGGAGCGGAGGAGCAGUCGGUUGGGAGACACGACAGGGUCAAGUUGAAACAGAAGAGCCACGAGGACCUUCGGCAGCAGCAAGGGUGUGAACCCACCCGACAAAAGCGUCAGCAGCAGCAGGGGCACAAGGACCAGCGUAGUUCACUAGCAGACGAUACGGACAAUGGAUCAGUCCCGUGGCGACAGCUGGCACCUGUCCACUUCCCCUCUCUGCUUCCCGUUCAGGAAAUUGCUGUGGGGAAGAAAGGCAGGGACGGAGGAGAGGACACGGGGGUUGUGAGUGCGCGCAAGUGGGUGGCGGUGAGCUGCCCUCACAUGCCAGCCAGCCUCGUCCAUAAGCUUUUCAGAAAGAGACUGGUGCGAGCCCUUAAUCCGCCAGACUCGUCUCUUCCGUCCAGCACCAUGCGUCCCUCGCACGCCCGUUUCAACAAGCUAUCGCGGGUAUCAGCCAGCCAACUGCUCCUUCCAGGAACCAUCCUGUGCAUCCCCUCGUCUGUCCAACUGCACACCGAUUCUGAAGCAAGUGGCGCGACUCGGGCUUUAAGGGACGGCAAAGCUGUUGCCCCGUCUUUCUCCUCUGCCGCUCCGUCCUCUUCUUCUUCCUCCUUGCCACGUGGCAUUCAACCAGAGGAUGUCAAAAUGCUGCAGAAGUGUGUUCUCUACAAGGAUGAGCACAUGAUCGUCAUCAACAAGCCGUCAGGCCUGCCCUCGCAGGGGGGCUACAAAAUACGUCUCUCAGUGGACAAUCUUAUGCAGCACGCCCUAGCUGCUGACUCCCCCGAGCCUCUUCGCCUG